GUCAGCUUCCAGCACCGACAGAGCCGCAGCCCAGCCACAGCAGCAGCCAUGUUUCGUGCAUUGCUUCUCCUGGGGACGUGUCUGGCCGCUGUGAGCUGCUCUAUAAUAGGGGGAGCUGGCCUGAUUGGUGGAGGCGGUCUGGGCUCCGGUUUCGGCGGGGGACUGGGCCUGUACGGCCUGGGGGGCGCCGCCGGACUGGGGGGCGGCGCCGGGGUCGGGGGCGGCAUCGGACUGGGCGGCGGCGGUCUGGGCGGGGCAGGCCUGGGGCUGCGGCUGGGCGGCGUGGGCGGCGGCCUAGGGGGGCUCGGCCUCAACAGGCUGGGGGGCGGCGGGGGCCUAGGCUUCGGGCUCGGCUUUAAGAAGUUCGGCUACGGCCUGGGCACCUACGGCGCCGGAUUCGGCUACGGCAAGUAACUGGAAACUCCACCCUCUCCGUGCCUAAGACGCUCCAUCAAAGUAAAAGCUGUGUGCUGUCCCACAAAGGAUCACCUUGCUGGCCACUUACGUACGUGAAUAAAGCUCUCAGUUUACGUCUGACUACUCUCCAGAUACUCCAGUUGCUGCCGGUUCUUAACAUCCCCGAUUGAUCUACUGUAUAUUCUCUUUGCCUGUUCGGUGGAUCACAUUCCUGCAACAUCGUCAACGGGAAAGAAAUUGAACUCAGAGGCAUAAUAAUUAAGUAACUCCAGCAAUACCCUAAAUAAUGAAUUGUGCGUGAGGAAUUACGUCUACAGUAUCACUGAAUAGAGAUGUUUGUAUCUUUAUUACUGGAACCCCUUGCUGACGUGCUCCAUUCAUGUUUCUUACUAAAGUUGUUCUCUGCUAGCCUUUUAACUGUACCUUGAGAGAAUCUCUAAGAGAAGCAGCAAUUGUAUCUCGUUGUGUAUGGCCCAGAAAUACUUCGGAAUAAAGUGAAUGUUGUGUACAUUAA